AUGACUGACAUCCGGCGGGCAAAGCGUGUCUUUGUGAACGACGUGGACUUGUUUUCUUCUAAACACGUCGCGCAGUAUUUAUCCACAUGUCUGACUGAUGUGGACGAGGUGGAAGAAGGAGCUGCAUCCGGAGGUGAAGCAGCGUUCCAGGUGGUGGGGACUGCGUCAUCGCCUUCGAAAAACCUCAGCUCUGUGUUCCAAUGCUACGUGUCUCCAUCUCGUGAGGAGCUUCUAGACCGCCUCCUGGAGUGUGAUGUAAUUUUGUACAAUAUUUCAGAAAACGCCACGAUGCAAGCGAUAGACGAAGCCACAUGGGCCGUUACAGCUCUUCAUGAAGAAAUGGCAAACUUCAAGUUGAGGAAAAUGUUCAUCUUAUUAUCUUCAGUGAUGACGUGGGCCAUGACCAAACCACACAAUCCGGAGGAGCCGGAGGAGUCUCUGUCUGAGGAGGAAUUCAGAAGGAGGCGUCCACAUCCCUGGUUCAGAGCCCACUAUGAGCUGGAAAAGCUGGUGCUGAAGCUGGCACGCACUAAGAAGACCAGACUUCCAGCCUACGUGGUCUCCAGUGGGCUGCAGUACGGACAGGGAGAAAACAUCUUCCACUACUUCUUCAAGGUUUCAUGGUUGAUGCAAAGUCCAGAGGUGCCGAUGUUUGGACCUGGAACCAACAACAUCCCCAUGAUUCACGUCCACGACCUCGCAGGAAUUAUACAAAACUUGAUUGUGAACAAACCAAAGACGAAGUACGUUCUGGCGGUUGACGAGUCCAGAAACACACUGGAGGAAAUCAUACAGGCCAUCAGUGACACUUUGGGACCUGGAAAAGUCAAAGAACUCACAGAGCAGGACGCCAUCUUCAUGAAGGCCUUUGAGCCCAGAGAGCUGGAGCUGCUGAAGCUGAACCUGUCCCUAGAGCCUUCCCUCAUCAGAAACCUAAGCCUGCAGUGGGUGUGUGAGUCUGGGCUGGUGGAGAACAUGGAGAGCAUUGUGGAGGAGUUCAAGGAGACAAGGCAGCUGCUGCCUGUCAGGAUCCUGCUGCUCGGACCUCCUGCUGUGGGGAAGACCACCGUCGCCAAAAAACUGUGUGAAUUUUACCAACUUCAGCACAUCCAGAUGCAAGAUGUGAUCCAAGAAAAGAUCAGGGAGGAGGAGAGUGAGGACACGGAGGAGCUGAAGCAGAUCUCCCAGGACAUCAGAGGGGACGCAGGCCUCUCUGCUGAUAGGAAACUACUGCAGCUUCUGCAAGACAAAUUGAACUCCAGAGCGUGUUUGAACCAAGGCUUCGUCCUGGACGGCUUCCCCCACACCUACGCUCAGGCUCAGCAGCUCUUUGAUGCAAAAGCAGAACGCGAGGAGUCCAAUACCAUGGAGCCGGUGUACGACAAAAAGAUCACUCCAGAGAACGUAUUUGUGCUGGAUGCUGCGGACGACGUUCUCACACAAAGACUGCAGUGUGUCGCAAACGCUGCCACCCAGCAGCAGGAGCAGCAGCAGAGGCACCAGCAAGAGCAGAAGGAGAAGCAGCAGCAGCAGGUGCAGCAGUGGCAGGAACAGCUGUAUACGGCACACACCUUCGCCUCGCAGCUGCAGACGCACAGACGCCUUAGCACAGCCGACGAAACCCUCAUUGACUACUUUGAAGAACUGGAGAUCUACCCUGAGCAUAUCGAUGUCGCUGCAGGUGAUCCUGAGAACGCUGCAGUUCUGAAGAUGAUCGUGGAGCUGGUUGGAGAACCUAAAAACUACGGUCCUAGUGACGUUGAGAUCCAGGCCCAGAGAGCGAGGCAGGAGGAGGAGGAGAGGAUCAAACUGGAGUGUGAAUAUGCAGAGAAAAGACGCAAGAACCAAGCCACUCUGGCAGAGAUGGCGGCGCACUACGAGCACUGGAGGCAGAACCUGUGUGAGCUGCAGCAUCAGCAGCAGCAGCUUCUCUCGGCUCAGUCCCUGCCUCUUCGCACGUAUCUGAUGAAGUUUGUGAUGCCACAGCUGUCCGAGGCCAUGACGGAGUGCACCAGGGCUAGACCCGAGGACCCCGUGGACUUCCUGGCUGAGUAUCUCCUGAGGAACAGCGGGGGUGAUCCACAAGAGCAGCUGUACGAGCAGCCGAAAACCGAACAGCGGAACGCGGUGCCUGGUUGUUGCUGUCCCGGACAUCUGCACCGUAAGUCCCUGUUGCUCUCCUGUGGCUUUGGAGACUUCCUGAAUCAUGGCCUACAGCGGCUCGAAAACCGUCUUGUUGGAAGCGGACUCUUGUCAACCAAAGGGGAACUCCGGCUACUCCACCGCAAGAUUUUGCCCAAUGACCACACAAACAAGAGACUGGUCGACGACUACACAAACAAGAGACCGUCCAACUGCUACUACACAAACAAGAAAACCACCAACCAUUUCACAAACAAGAGACCGUCCAACUACUACUACACAAACAAGAAAACCACCAACCAUUUCACAAACAAGAGACCGUCCAACUACUACUACACAAACAAGAAAACCACCAACCAUUUCACAAACAAGAGACCGUCCAACUACUACUACACAAACAAGAAAACCACCAACCAUUUCACAAACAAGAGACCGUCCCUCUACUACACAAACAAGAGACCGUCCCUCUACCAUACAAACAAGAGACCGUCUAACUACUACACAAACAAGGGACCGUCCAACUACUACACAAACAAGAGACCGUCCAACUACUACACAAACAAGAGACCGUCCAACUACUACACAAACAAGAGACCGUCCAACUACUACACAAACAAGAGACCGUCCAACUACUACACAAACAAGAGACCGUCCAACUACUACACAAACAAGAAAACCUGA